UCAAAAUUUAUCAGAGUAAAAGUUUGUGUUACAAAAUUGUGAUUUGUUUGAAUUUUGAGGAAUUCUGCUUUGGAAAUAUUAUUUUAGAACAACAUAAAUUUAUUGGACCACCGGCAGAAGAAAAUUAUAAAGUACCCCCAUUCUGAGCAAACCCACUUCAAUAAAACCAUUACAUCCUCUUGGUGUAGCAGUGAUAGUAGCCGUCGGUUGGGUUUUUAAGUAUCAAAUGGUUUAAAAUAGCUUUAAAAUUUAAGUAAUCAUGCAGCAAGAUCAUGUGGAGGCUGGAGCUGCGGCGGUGGAUGAUUUUGAUGAAAGUAGCUGGGAUGCCUGCCCACCUGAACUUCUUCUGAUGAUAUUUGAUUAUUUUAAUCCCCAUAAUAAUGCGACUAAUGCAAAAACCCUGAUCAAUUGCAUGUGUGUUAACAAAAAAUGGUUUGAUAUUGCAUCUUCUCUUAUCAAGCAUCGUAUUGGUCUCCACACUUUCCUUAAGAUAGCAGUUUCUGAUGGCGGAGCAUCUUUUAGAAAAAGAUGUAAACUACCAACAAUAUCAGAUGUUUUAUUCAAUAUGUGUCUUUGGAAAAACAUAAAAUUUACUCAAGUACAAGAUAUUUAUACCUAUGAUAUAACUGAAGUGCUGAAUAUAAAUGUAUACAGAAAUAACUUGAUUGUGAUUACAAACAAGAAUGUGAGAUAUUACCAUCUGCCCACUCAUAAGCUGUUAAAAACAUUGGAAGUCAAAUGUUUAGACUUUGAUGAAAAUGAUUAUAUGUUUGUCAAAAUUGAACAAAAUACAUUUGACAUGCAAUAUUAUGUUUCUGAAGAGAUGACCUUGUAUGGGAAACAUAGUGAUUCCAAUUAUGCAUUGGAUGACAGACUAAGAUUCAAUGCCAAGAUAAAGUUUUUCAGGAUAUAUGACAAUUGCUGCUAUUAUACCACAUGGUCAUAUUGGGAAUUUACUAUAUUUGUGGCGAAGUGGCAUAACAAUAGUUGGAUGCCGCUCAUGGUUGGCCGUUACUUCGGUUAUGGCUCAAUAACUGACGUCAUAGUACACCAAGACGACAUAGUGGCGCUGCUGAAUUGGGGGGGCAUGUUGAUGGCAGACAUCGGAAAUAACAAGCUAAAGCCUAUCUCUAAAACGAAUACCAGCGUUAUCUUUGACUUGCCAUUUUAUGCGUCGAAAUCAAUAUUAUACGAGAGAUAUGGUGCUAUAGUUACAGUGCCCAGUUGCCACUCACAACGCGUAGGUUACAAUGGGUCCUACUGGACUUUCGAGUGUCCAGGUUUGAGGUGUACCUUGAAGCACUGGAACCUGCUUAUACUUGGAUAUAAGUCUGGAAAGGUUGAUAUUUACAAUCCGGAGUUUUUCUUCACUCAGAUGAGUCGUUUGGAGCCUGAGGUAACUUUGAGCGUGCAGAGUCUAGGUUCGUACGAGAAUGCCGACCCGUCUGUGAGGUUCCUUGAGGUGGCGGAAAUGAAAGGGAGGCACAUCCUCGUCAUAGUCACUAGCAGUCGCAUCCACCAGGUCACCCUCCACCACCGGCUAUUUCACUGCUAGAAUUGGAAAGUGGAUGUAGCUUCGACCAGGUAAACGAAAGUCCACAGCAAAGAUUAAGUCUAAUUUUGUGUUCAAUUUUUCCUGGUAAAACGUAGACAAUUAAGUAAUCGAUGCAGUAUCGGUUUACUGACCUUUUCGUAGAUUGGUAAUGUAUUAAAUAGUAAGUGAUAGUAAGUAGUGGACCACUACUUACUAUUUAAUACAUUAACCACUACUAGUGGUUGUCAACCUUUUUUUGACUAGGGACCACUUUAUUUUUUAUAAUUUACUUAUCGUUUGUGUGUUGCGAACCGAUUUUGGUGCACGAUUGGGUACCAUACCAUAGUAAAUUAAAUU